UUCCCUCCCUACCACUCUUUCAAGUUACCGUAAUAAAAACAGAUUUGUUCCCCACAGAACUUUUAUUUCAUUUCUGUUUAUUUACUAAAUAUUACUGUAACAUUCAUCUAUCACAUAUGUACAAAUAUAUACACAUUCUGAUCGAUCUCUCUCCCUUCCUGUGAGCUGAUAGACCACCAUUAGGCCACCCCUGAGGGCUGAGAGAGAGACGAUCACCAGGUUAACAUGGCGCGUCGUCUCUUCGCCUGUUGUGGCCGGGGUUCAUCUUCAUCAAGAAAUGAAGUUCAUGCAAGUGGAAAAACCAAUGGAACAGUAGAAGCAUCAGCAUCAUCAGUUGAAGGGCCAAUCCUGGUGGAGUUGUUUUCUUCACAGGGAUGUUUCACAUCACCGGCGGCUGAGCUGCUGUUGUCCAGGCUAGGGAGAGGGGACUUUCAGCUCGAUGCACCGGUGAUUGUGUUGGCUUAUCAUGUUGAUUACUGGGAUUACAUGGGGUGGAAAGACCCUUAUGGCUCAAGCCAAUGGACUGUGAGACAAAAGGCUUAUGUAGAGGCCUUGAAGCUUGACACUAUUUUUACACCACAGGUUGUGGUUCAAGGCAGGGCUCAGUGUGUGGCUAAUGAUGAAGAUGCUUUGCUAUCCACCAUUGCUAGUGCCCCCAGGUUCCCUCCUCCAACAUUCCAGGCAAAUUUCCAAAGGCCUACAUCAGAGUCCUUGCAAGUGACCCUAACUGGAGCUUUGAGGUCCAAGGUAGACAACAAUGGUGUCGAUGUUAUGGUGGCGUUAUAUGAGAACGGAUUGGUGAAUGACUGCCCUACAGGAGAGAACAAAGACAAAGUCCUAUCCAAUGAUUUUGUGGUCAGGAAGCUUGAAAAGCUCUGCACUGUCAAAGACAUAUCUGCCAAGAAGACAGUCUCAGGAACUGUUACUUUCACUCUAUGGGAUAGUUUCAACAGCAACAAAUGUGCUGUUGCCGUCUUUGUUCAAAACUCCUCCCACCAAAUUUUCGGUUCACAGAACUUUCAACUGCCAGAUGAUAUAUGAAAAUGUUGAAUCAAUGAAGUAUAGUGUUCUGGCUACAAUUUUUAGGCAAUUAUGUACAGUAUGUGUUCUGCUUAGGUAUUGAUUUCUUUUCUUUUUGUUUUCCUUUGUUAUUUCCAGGAUUUUUGUUUUAGGAUAUGGAGAGACAUUUUCAUUCUUUAUAUGAUUUUCUUAUAUCCUUUGCCAAUACUUGAUCCUUUUAUAAUUUACCUAUGUUCACUGUCAUAAAUGAACUAGUGAAGGCUGGAGCAAUGAUUUGCAAUCUAUAAUUCGCCAGAAAAUAUUUCACUGGAUUGAACUUGUUGAGUCCAUACUUUCCAUAUUCACAGGAUUAAAUUAAUUGAACCUG